CCGCGACCACGAUGGACGCAGCACUACCAGAGGAAAUACUCCGUGAAAUUCUAUCGCACAACCUACGAAUAUCACAUGCCGGGUUUUGCUAUUUCUACUACGACGACUGCGGGCACCCCAUCUCGCCGCCAACAUCUCGCUGCAGCAAUCUCCUCCUCGUCUCCAAACGCUGGCUCCGCAUCGGCACCCCACUGUUGUACGAAUGUGUCGCACUCUCAAAGCCGGACCACACCACUGCGGUUUCAAGCCUCCCGCGCACGCAUCCGCAUGUUGACCUAGCUGUUCGGUGUCUCAGGCUCGAAGGCGGGCUCGGGAAGGACCUGGUACACAUCGCAAAGCUUACGCCGAAACUGCACAGCAUAUAUAUCACUUUCAAUAUCAAGUCCGUCGACAGUAUCACGGGAUUGAAGAAGGCAUUUCCGCUUUUUCGUCCUACCAACCUAUAUAUCCAAAAGGAGAGCCACAUGGAGAACAAGAAGGUUGCUGAAGCCCGGACGCUUGUGUGCACGCAUGUCAAAGGCGUGUGGACAUCACUGCGGUCAUUAAUCCUGUCAGACCGGUUUGCAGAUGGUAUGGAUCGACAGCUAGCUGACGCGCUUGCCGAGUCCUCUAUUGAAGAGUUCGGCAGCUUGACAUACGAUGCGGACCGCUGGAUUCGGGAAGGCUUGAUGAGAAGGAUUCUCGAAAAUCCGCGACUGCAGCGCGUCGUAUGCCGAGGGGCAGUGCAUGAAUCGACGACGCGGAAGACCUUGCAAAAGGAAGGUUUUCCUGACGCAAUCAUCCGGAUGUUCACGUUUGUUCAUCAUAGAGCGGAUGACAGGCUUAACAUGAUACUCGCUGCAAUGGAUAGCGUCCUGUCUGAUGAAGAGCUUUGA